AUGUUUGGACCAACACGAUCCAUCAACCAACAAACCCCCAUGUGGUUUGUGGUGCCCAGCACGUCGCGCCACGCUCUUGACAUGCAAGCCAUGAUUCAGAUCUUGCUUGGUAGCGGUGGCAUGGCAUGGCAGAGGCGGCAGGUUUCACCACCAGCUCGUCGCAGAGGCUACAAGAGGAAGCUGGGCAUGAGGCUAGAUCGCCAUUUCUCGUUCGGCGUGCUCAGCCUCAUCAUCGCGAUGGGGGUUGACGUUAGAGCAGGGAUAUCGUCCGAUGCGCGGGGGACCCCUGAGCUGUCACGAUCUUUGAUCCAACGUCACGACCGCCCGUCACAUCAAACAACCAAACAGGUGCCCAUAGACCGGCUUGGCGCUGCCAUCGCUCUGCGUGUCAUCGCAAGCGAAACACAGCACCGUGUCAGACUGCAGAAGAGGAUGCAGGGCAGGAAUGAGAGGCACAUGCGUACACGCAGCCCUUUGGGCGGAAAGGAGCAGCUGAGGACCAACAGCGUUAAGCUUCUUUUCGAGGCUUGGGCGUGUUCCUGCGUCUCGCUUACGAACGCGUGCAGCGGCAGUUCUCGGUUCUUGGGACUCUGCGGGCUGGACGUCUCCCGUUCUUCCUUUUCGAUGGCACAGCAAAAUGGCCGGAGCACGGCACACGAAGAAAAAACAUCUCCGCGACGGCGACAGGAUCACUCGCGGGGGAUGUGCUUGCCUUUUACAUUCGCGGUGAUGGGGAUCUGCCCCAGCGCGAGCAACGCGACGGCGGUUGUCUGGCGUGUUUGGGAAUCGCCAGCCGAUCGACAUGACAAAAUAGUUAAGGUUACGGCACCUUCUCCACAUUCCUCCCUUUUCCUGCCGCGAGCUUGCGAGGCUAACACGACGACGACCACCCAACCAACAGUCCACCACGCUGACGUGCAGCAGAGCUCGCCCGGCGAUGCUACAGCUAUUGUGCAUCUGACAAGGCUGCGGGCACCGGUUGCGACGACACCUAUGCCUGCUAGUUCGACACCGAUCCCAUACCAUCACCACGUUGCCGCUGCGUAG